AUGCAUAACUUGUAUGAAAGAAUUAUGCGUGACAUGAUGGAGAUGAUUCCACUUCAAUAUUGGGACGAGUUCGACAAGGAAUAUCUCAAGCAAAAAUUUCCUUCGUUCUUACAUAGACACCCGAGAUCAGUUUCCAAAAAUUUAGUACACCUUAAGGCAAUGGAGAUAUAUAUGAUUAUUCACUAUUGUCUAGAUCUACUUCAGGAUGUUAAGAAUUUCAGUAUGAUUGAGUUGAAGUAUAAAAUUAUUAAGAGAAUGGUUGUUGUAAUUGACAAGUUAACAGAUGCCAUUAAUAUAGCUGAUUUGAAUUCAAUUAAUGAGGAAUUAAGAGGUAUUUUGGAGGAUUAUCAAGAGAUGGUAGGCAUUGCAAAGGCUACAAUGAACUUCCAUGUAGCUAGUGAUAUGGUGCGAAAUGCAAGCCUAUAUGGUCCAUUGGCACAUAAUACAGCCUUUGUUGGGGAAAAUCUAAACUUCACAUUGACCAAGCCGUUCAUUUCAUCAAAUUCUGCAAGGUAUUCUAUUAUGUUUUUUGAUAUGGCGCAGUUAUGCGAUAUAUUUGGUUUAAGUGAACUCAAACCUUCGGAAUGUGUGUGUGGUCAUUUCGUAUUGAAGAAAGAGAGAGAUGUUGUGGCUGAUACUUCUUGUACUCCUGCAAAAUACUUCAAGAUCAAAUCAUUCACGGAUUCCACAGUGACUUUGCAGAAUUUGUCAGACAGGUCUGUGAUUGAAGUGUCCUACAAAGAGCCUCUGGUUCCUUGUGUUACUGUUACUAGAAAGGGGAAGAGUUAUUUCAUUCCGAUGCACAAGAACGUAAAUCAAUAUAUUUAA